AUGCUCACCACUAUACCUAACAGUGCGAACACUAUAUCCCGACUACGUGUUGAACUGGAACGAGUUAUUCGUGAACGCGAUCGACUAGCACAACUUGUUCGUGUGGCGAACGAAAAUGGUCAGUACAAAACAAAUCCCCCAGACCGUCAGGAUAACACGGCCCAUUCAAGCCCAGCAAUUCGGCCCUGUAUGGGUCUGGGACAGCGAAUGGCUCAGUCCAAACUGGGCGGUUCAAUGGACAGUUCCGCUUUUGUCAAAGGGAUCCCCGAUGAACUGACCGGACGAACAGGCUCUCUAGGCAGUUGUCCUACGCAAUCUCGAACAAGCAAUUGGAAGUCUGAGUGCGAUUCUAUCACGGCUGCUUCAAAACCCAUGAGGCAUGACUAUUGCGCGGCAUGUCAUCCCGCGUUCCCCAACCUUCCCCCACUGCUGAAGAAGAACCAAACACCUAUUGAAAUCCGAAGCGUCCCAUCCGCUGAAAUCAUUGGAUGCCAGGCCGCAAAACCGUAUCUUUAA